CAUCACUAGCGCGCGACGCGCGCGUUCACAGUCAGCGUCGGGUCUUCUGAGGAGAGGAAUUCCACAAACACUGCAGAAUGAAACACAGUGAAGAUACUGAAGAGCAAACAGAGUUGAUUGAAGAAAACAAUGAGAGUGAAAAAUUGAAUGAAGUUGAGGAGAAAAAUCAUGUGAAAAAUGGAGAAAAACCUUUGAGUUGCUCUCAAGCCAAACAGAAAGUUUUAAAGAAAAUAAGAGCCAAGAAAUCUUUCACCUGCACUCAGUGUGGAAAGAUUUUGACGAGCAAAAGAGGUCUUGAGCGUCACACGAGAGUUCAUACCGGAGAGAGACCAUACAAGUGUUCACACUGUGGCAAGAGAUUCAGUCAGUCUCGAGACCAGCAAACACAUGAGAGGAUUCACACUGGAGAAAAACCGUACACAUGUGAUCAGUGCGGGAAGAGUUUCACACAGAAAGUAAACCUCAAGAAGCACAUGAACAUCCACACUGGAGAAAAAUCAUCCAACUGUUCACAUUGUGGCAAGACAUUCAGUCAGUCAGGAUACCUGAAAGCACAUGAGAGGAUCCACACUGGAGAGAAACCGUACACAUGUGAUCAGUGCGGCAAGAGUUUCACACAAAAAAUAAACCUUACGACACAUAUGAGAAUUCAUACUGGAGAAAAACCGUACAUUUGUGAUCUGUGUGGAAAGACAUUCACUCACCCUGCAAACCUUAAGGAUCACAUGAACAUCCACACUAGAGAGAAGCAGCACGCAUGUGAUCAGUGCGGCAAAACAUUUUUGAGAGCUCCUGACCUGAAGAAACACCUGCGAGUUCAUACGAAGGAGAAACCACAUUCAUGUUACUUGUGUGGAAAGAGUUUUUCGUUUCUACAAAAUUUAAAAGUACAUCUGAAAGUACAUACUGUCAUGAAAGAGUUUGUGUGCUGUGAGUGUGAAAAGACUUUUACUUCAGCUAAACAUUUGAAAAAGCACCAGAGGAUUCACACUGGAGAAAAACCUUGUAAGUGUUCACAUGAUGAUGAAAGAUUCAGUGCUUCAGGAGAUUUGAAAACACACAUAAGUAUCCACACUGGAGAGAAACCGUAUCACUGCACUGAAUGUGGGAAACAUUUCAGUCGUUUAUCUGCUUUACACAGCCAUACAAAAAAACAUUCACAGGAAGUAGAUCAUCUUCAGAUCCAGCAAUUUCAGAUCUGAUGCUGCAUCUUUACCAAAAGUUACAAAAUAGUGCAAGCAAUAAAAUAUCAGCUUGAUAAAUCAUCAUCUUCGAGAUCAGCGGAUUAUACUGAUUCAGAUCAACUCAAAGAUGGAGUUCCUCCCCCAAGAACAAUCUCAAAGAUCAGUUUGCUUCAUGAUACAAAUUAUAUCAUAGUUUCAUUUGAUGUUCGAUAGUCUUAUAAUGCAUAUGUCACUUGUAGAUUUCUUACUAUUUCUUGAAGAAAAGUAGGUUUUUACAUACUGUUCUUGUUAAGGAAGCCGAAGAACAGGCUGCGAUACUUUUUAAGAAUGACUGAGAUUUAUUUUGUAUUGUUCUUCAUUGUUGUUUUUAAAAUUAGCUUUUUUUAAAACUUAAGAACUUAAGACUUAAAGAUGCUUCUUUGCUUAAAAAGAAUGAACACCUGAUCCCAGUACUAAACGAGCCCUGUGGAAAAAUUAUGAUUAUUAUGCUUUUUACCCAUCGUUCUUGUUCAGGAAGCUGACGAGACUGUAGCACUUCCAAAAAAGACUGAGAUUUAAUUUUAAUUUUGUUGUUCACCGGUGUUUUUUUUCUUUUCUUUUUUUUUUUUAUAACUUGUUAUUAGGAAAUGCAGGUAUAAGAAAUACCGUUUUGUAUCUUAUUUCUCUGUGCUUCUCUUGUAAGUAGGAAUUAAUACCUAAACCCGCUAUUAUUAUAUUAUAUUAUUAAGCAUAAAUUGCGAAAACCAGUAGUAUCGAUGAGCUCUAAUGUUAACUGUUCUGCUUUUGGUGCUGGGGGAAUUAAGAUAAUACACUUACACUUAUUACUACUUUAUGAAGAUAAAGUAUAACUUUGGAAUAUUCCCAUAUUAAAUUGUAUGAGUUUAAUGAGAAAACAUAUGUCAGCAUAUUUAUAUCUGAAGUAUUCAUGUACAUUCUUACAAUGCAAACAUGCAAAAUUUAACAUGCUGUAAUAUUCAUUACAGUAACAAACAACAGUUGCACAUGAUAAACAUCAGUAUUAUACUCAACAAAUGUAUUAUACCAAUGACAAAGUUCUUAUUCAAAUGUUUUUAUUCAUAACUGCAAAUUUUUCAAGCGUAAUUUCAUUAAAGGCAUGCAUUUUGAAGCAGUUAAUGAUUUAAAUGUUGGUUUAAUAUUGCUGGAAUCUGCACAUCUGAAAUAUGUUGCGCAAUCAGGACAAAGAAGUAGAAUUUUAUUUAAUGUAUUUUUGUUUCAUAUCACUUCUCUAUCUCAGUUUCACAGAAUAAAAGGCUAUAGUAGCUAUUUCCUUUCCAUCAGAGAAUGAUGAGAGAAAACA